CCUCCGGGGGCCUCGGAGCAAGAUGGCGGCGGCGGGGUCCGUGAGGCGCGGGCGGCGGCGACCGCGGCGCCAGUGAGGGGGCCCGGGGGCCCGGGCGGCUCCGGGCCGGGGCCCCGCCGCGGGACGGACCAUGCUACGCUCCACUGGCUUCUUCCGGGCCAUUGACUGCCCCUAUUGGUCUGGGGCGCCCGGGGGGCCCUGCCGGCGGCCCUACUGCCACUUCCGGCACCGCGGGGCCCGGGUCCCCGGCGCGCCCGGUGACGGCGGAGAGGCGCCCCCCGCAGCAGGACUGGGUUAUGACCCCUACAACCCCGAGCUGCCCAAGCCCCCCUCACAGAGGGAGAAUGGCACCCUGGGCCUGGGGGAGGAGCCGCGCCCGGACGUGCUGGAGUUGGAGCUGGUCAACCAGGCCAUUGAGGCCGUGCGCAGUGAGGUGGAGCUGGAGCAGCGGCGCUACCGGGAGCUGCUAGAGACGGCCCGUGAGCACCGCGCCGCCGAGGCCCCCGCCCUGGCGCCCCGCGGCCCCAACGCCAGCCCCACCGUGGGCCUGGACGAAGAUGCCUUCCCACUGGCCUUCGACUACAGCCCCAGCAGCCACGGCCUGUUAAGUCCCGAUACCGGCUACCAGCCCACCCCGCUGGCCACGCCUGCCGAGUCGGGCAGCAAGUACCUGCUGGCGUCCCUGGACAGGGGUCAGGGCAGAGGCGGAGGGGGCGGUGGUGCCCUGGAAUACGUCCCCAAGGCUGUGAGCCAGCCCCGGCGGCACAGCCGCCCUGUUCCCAGUGGCAAGUAUGUGGUGGACAACUCCAGGCCACCCACAGACCUGGAGUAUGACCCUCUCUCCAACUACUCGGCCCGGCACCUCAGCAGGGCCAGCUCCCGGGACGAGCGGGCUGCCAAGCGACCCCGGGGCCCCCGCAGCAGCGAGCCCCACACCCCUGCUCCCAAAAAACCCUGUGACCCCUUCAGUAGCUGCGAUGCGAGGUUCUCAGACUCGGAAGAUGAGGCCACCACGGCCCCAGGUAAUGAGCCCACCAUGGCCAGCACCCCCAAAGCCAGGGCUGACCCUGAGAGCAAGGCCACUGGGCAGCCACCUUCCAAAGAGGGCCUGGAGGCCGAAGGGGGCGGCCUGCGGGAGACCAAGGAGACGGCCGUGCAGUGCGACGUGGGAGACUUCCAGCCACCCCUAGCCAAGCCCUGCUCCCCAGCCCAGGUCCAGGCCUCACAGGAUGGGGGCUGCCCCAAGGAGGGAAAACCCAAGAAGAAAAAAAGCGGGACCCCACCUGCCCCCAGCUGCAAAGAUGGGACCCAGAGGAAGGACAAGACCAAGGACAAGGGCCGAGGGCAGCCUGCAGAGAAGCCCCGUGCGGACAAGAAGGGCCCGCAGGCCAGCAGCCCCCGGCGCAAGGCAGAGCGACCGGAAGGGACCAAGAAGAAGCCAUCUUCGGCCACUCCUGUGGCCAGCUCAGGGAAAGGACGGCCUGACCGGCCAGCGCGGCGGCCGAGCCCCACAAGCGGGGACUCCCAGCAGGCAGCCAGCAGAGGCCCACCCCGCCCCCUCCAGCUCCCCGAUAGGAAAAGCACCAAGGUCCCAUCGGGGAAGCUGGUGGAGCGGAAAGCUCGCUCGCUAGACGAGGGCGCCUCCCAGGACGCCCCCAAACUGAAGAAGCGGGCCCUGAGCCACGCCGACCUCUUUGGAGACGAGAGUGAGGACGAGGCGGCAGGGCCGGGGGUGCCAAGCGUGUGGCCCCCUGCCCUCCCCAGCCUCAGCUCAGACUCAGACUCUGACUCGGACUCCAGCUUGGGCUUCCCCGAGGCGCGGGGGCCGCCCAAGCGGCUCAAGGCCUCCCCGCCCCCCUCCCCCGCACCGUCCUCCUCCUCUUCGUCCUCCUCCAGCGCGGGGGCGGAUGUGGACUACUCAGCCCUGGAGAAGGAGGUGGACUUUGACUCGGACCCCAUGGAGGAGUGCCUGCGGAUCUUCAACGAGUCCACCAGCGUCAAGGCGGAGGACAGAGGCCGGCUGGCCCGGCAGCCCCCCAAGGAAGAGAAAAGUGAGGAGAAGGGGCUUUCGGGUCUGACCACUCUGUUCCCCGGGCAGAAGAGGAGGAUCUCCCACCUUUCCAAGCAAGGCCAGGAGGCGGAGCCCCCAAGGAGGAGUCCUGCGGUGCCCCCGGCCCGGCCCCCGACGGCACAGGAGGUGUGCUACCUGCGGGCCCAGCAGGCGCAGAGGGCAUCGGCGAGCUUGCUGCAGGCCCCCCCCAGGCUGGCAGAGAAGCUGCCCUCCGUCCACAUCUCUGCCCCUGGCGAGAAGAGGAGGAUCGCCCACAUCCCCAACCCCCGCCUAGCUGCAGGAGCGGGGCUGUGUUUCCUUUACUCCGAGAGGCAUGUCCUCCGCAGAGUCUUCUGGAAAGUCGGGCCAGGCCUCAGUGCCCCCACAGGUGCCAAAAGGACCCUCACGGCCAGCGGCAGCCAGCCCUCCAAUGGCCCCGAACCAGGCGGCCAGCAGCUGAAAACACGCACAUUGUCGGGGAUGGCAUCCAAGACUACCACCACCAUCACCCCUAAGCGAAUCGCCCACAGUCCAUCCUUACAGAGUUUAAAGAAACCCAUUAUCCCCAAAGAGUUUGGGGGCAAAGUCCCCACCGUCAUCCGCCAGCGCUAUCUCAACCUGUUCAUCGAGGAGUGUCUCAAGUUCUGUACCUCCAACCAGGAGGCCAUAGAGAAGGCACUGAACGAGGAGAAGGUGGCCUAUGACCGCAGCCCCAGCAAGAACAUCUACCUGAAUGUGGCCGUGAACACCCUCAAGAAGCUCAGGGGCCUGGCCCCCAGCACCGUGCCCAGCCUCAGCAAAACCAGUGGCCGCAGGGUUGUGUCCCACGAGGUGGUGUUGGGGGGCAGGUUGGCCACCAAGACCAGCUUCUCGCUCAGCCGCCCAAGCAGCCCCCGGGUGGAGGACCUGAAAGGGGCUGCCCUGUACAGCCGCCUCAAGGAGUACCUGCUCACCCAGGACCAGCUCAAGGAGAACGGCUACCCCUUCCCGCACCCAGAGCGGCCCGGCGGCGCAAUCAUCUUCACAGCUGAGGAGAAGAGACCCAAGGACUCUUCCUGCAGGACCUGCUGCCGCUGUGGCACCGAGUACCUUGUGUCCUCCUCGGGCCGCUGCGUCCGGGACGAGGAGUGUUACUACCACUGGGGACGGCUGCGCCGGAACCGGGUGGCCGGAGGCUGGGAGACCCAGUACAUGUGCUGCUCGGCUGCCGCCGGCUCUGUCGGCUGCCAGGUCGCAAAGCAACAUGUGCAGGAUGGCCGGAAGGAGCGCCUCGAGGGCUUCGUGAAGACCUUUGAGAAAGAGCUCCCAGGAGACACCCACCCAGGGAUCUACGCCCUGGACUGCGAGAUGUCCUACACCACGUACGGCCUGGAGCUGACGCGCGUCACAGUGGUCGACACGGAUGUGCACGUGGUUUAUGACACCUUCGUGAAGCCUGACAACGAGAUUGUGGACUACAACACCAGGUUUUCGGGGGUGACGGAGGCUGACCUUGCUGACACAAGCGUCACACUGCGUGACGUCCAGGCCGUUCUGCUGAGCAUGUUCAGCGCUGACACCAUCCUCAUCGGACACAGCCUGGAGAGUGACCUCCUGGCCCUGAAGGUCAUCCACAGCACCGUGGUGGACACGUCUGUGCUUUUCCCCCACCGCCUGGGCCUCCCCUACAAGCGGUCCCUGCGGAACCUCAUGGCCGACUACCUCAGACAGAUCAUCCAGGACAAUGUGGACGGGCACAGCUCCAGCGAGGACGCCGGCGCCUGCAUGCACCUGGUGAUCUGGAAGGUUCGAGAAGACGCCAAGACCAAGCGAUGACGCCUGCCCGCCUCCCGCCCGCCUCUCCUGCCGCCCCGCUGGUCCUUAGCCCCAGGCCUCUUCCAAAACAGUGCAAUAAAUCUCCGGUAACCCGUCCACCUGGCCGAGGCAGCCCAGAGCAGCGGGACAAGCUGGCGGCCGGAGAACGCCCAGCCCAGCCCACCCCCGCUCACGUCCUGCGCACCCCUCCGCCCGUCCCCACCCUCUGCCCCCAGCCUUCUGGCGUCUCUAGAAUUGCUGCUGACAGCGACCAGGACAGAGCCCGCCCCCAAUCAGCCCGCAGCCCCUCCUGCCCCUCCGGCCAGGCCCUCACUCCCUCCCAGGUGGUGGCUGGCACCUCUGCUCCUCACAUGGGUCGCGGGGCGGGCUUGUCCCGGGUUUGUUUGAGACAGUCUUUUUUUUAUUUUGUAUUGUUAUUUUUAUUAUUUUUAAUUUAAACCUGAUGACUUGCACAGCACCUUUCCCACCGGGAAGAGCGGGCCUGCUGCCUUCCCUCCUGGGGGCUGGGGGUGGGACAGACCCCAGUGGGGGCCAGCCAGGGCCACACUCAGCCCAGCGUGGGCUGGACCCGCCUCCGUGCUCCAGGGGCUGGCCUGUCUUCGGGGCGCCGGCUUCCACCACUCGCCGCCCCACCCCUGCACUCCGUGACCUCUGAGAACCCAGCCGGCCCCUCAUUAGCCCCAGGGCCUGCGGUCCGGAUGGAGCCCACAGGCGUCUGGACACUGUCUUCCCGCCAGAGCCCCGUCUUCCUCUGCGGGGCUCUCCGGACCCCCACUCCCGUCACCUCCAGGCAGGGACAGAAUAAAUGUUUGUAUGGAUUUUA